CAAUUCUCUUUACAAUAACCUGAAUUAUGGAGCAAGGAGCCAAUAGAGUGUUCUUAAACCCUAACUUCCAUAGAGGCCAGAGGAAUGUACCACCAAACAAAUCAAUGCAUAUAAAUCCUAAUUUUACACAAUGCAUGCCCAACUUUCAAAUGAAUACUAUGAACAGUACAAAAAUCUAUGUCAAUCCAAAUUUUAUCAGAACAAACACUACUGUACUAAGUAGCAAUAAUUAUCGAAAAUCAGUAUUAAUGCUACCUAGCAAAAAUCUAACUCCAACAACUCAAAUUCCAAGUACUCAAAGUAUUUGUACAACAAUAUUCCCACAGCCAACAGCCUCAACAACAAAAUCAAGGUACAGUUUAAUAAGGUGUACUAAUAACAAACAAAUCAAAGAAAAUCAACCUUUGGACAAAGUAACUACUUACAAAAUAAGUAAAUAUAAAUCGGUGUCCAUGCAGCAAUUGAAGAACAACUUACAUUCACGGAAAAGUGUUGAGGAAACACCAUUCAAGCUUUUGACUAAACAGUUAAGCGUGCAAAGUAAGAAGACAUCUAAAGUAAAAGUAAGUGACAGUGCUAAUGCAUUUGCAAGUCGAUAUAAGAUAAUCAAACGAAAAUCACAAGUCACACCAAUAAAAACUGGAACCAAAACUAUGGUGAAUAGGAAGUCAUCUUUCAGUAUCACUAAAGGAAAUGUGCGCAUCAAUGUCAAAGCAAAGUUGAAGAUGAACAAAACUCACUUCAAGAAAAAUAAUAUUCCAUGUCCUUUAUUCAGUAAAUAUGGGAAAUGCCUUAGGAGUACUCGAGGAAAAUGUGAAUAUUUGCAUGAUAAGAAACAUGUAUCCAUAUGCAGAAAAUUUCUUAAAGGUAUCUGUCAUGACAAUAAAUGCCUUCUCUCGCACGAUGUAAGCAAGGAGAAAAUGCCAACUUGUCACUUCUAUCUUAAAGGAAUGUGUACUAAAGAAGAUUGUCCUUACUUGCAUGUGAAAUUAAGUGAAAAUACUAAAAUUUGCAUUGACUUUUUGAAAGGAUACUGUGAAAAAGGACAUGAAUGUUUAAAUCGCCACAUCAACAUUUGUCCAGAAAUAGCUAUGAAGGGUGUUUGCUACAAAAAGCAAUGCCCAUAUCCACAUACAUCAAAUAAAAAACUAAUCAAAUCAAGUAAAACAAACAUUACGACUAAAGUCCUAAAAGCUGAUUUCAAGCAUAGAAGGACUAGUGAGGCUGAUGAAAAUAAACAGACCAAUGUGUUGAAAAGCAACUUAUUGGGUUGUAGGUAUUACAAAGAAGUAGGAGACAGUACAGGUGUUAGUGAAACAUAUGAAGUGAUCAAACCUACUAGGUGUAAAUUAGGUACUUUGCCAUCUUUUAUUCAAUUGUAGCCAUUGUUUAAAGCUCUUUCCACAUGCCAAUUUGAGAGUUGUAGAGGGUAGAUGUAACAAUAAAUACAGGCGUACGAAUAUUGAAUCGUUAUUGAUGAAUAUACCUGCGCACGUAAGUUUUUUUUUUUCAUAGAAAAAACAUCAUCUUCCUUUUUAUUUAUUUAUUAUGUCAUAUAUAUGUAUAUGUCAAUUUCAUUCAACAUAUAGAGAAUUCGGAUUUAUUUGUAUACAAGUUACAAAGACCCAUAAAUA